AUGUAUAAUGGUAUUGGUUUGACGACGCCACGAGGCUCCGGAACCAACGGAUAUGUGCAAAGAAACUGGGCAUCGGCCCGGAAAACCAAAGACUCUGUGAAUUAUCGAACUGAGGAAGAAAUAGCUAAGUUGGACUCUGCAUCCAAUAAACAACCUAACCGUGAGAUUCUAGACCAUGAGAGGAAACGAAAGAUAGAAGUAAAAUGCGCAGAACUUGAGGAUAGUCUUGAGGAUCAAGGGUUGCCGAAGGAGGAGAUAGCGGCCCGAGUCGCUGCAUUCAGAGCGAAGCUGUCCUCGACUGGUAGCGAAAAGGAAGUGCCCAGGGACGAAUUCGGGAGAGUUGCCGUUCGCGAGACGCACGCGGUCGCAGAGGCGCAGCAAGCGAAGAACGCGCGGUUGCGCGACGCGUUCGGCAUCUCACCGCGUUUCGUGGAGGGCAGUUCGCUCGACCCCGAGCGUCGCGCGCGUGAACAUGCACAACGGUACCCGCUUAUCAGGACACCCAGCCAUGAAAGGGAGGACCGGGAUUCGCAUCCUGCUAAGAAGAAAAAGAAAAGAAGUGCCUCUCCAGAAGCGAAGAAGUUGAAAAAGAAAAAAUCUAAAAAGAAUAAAAAAGAGAAGCAAGAAUCUAGCAAGAAAAAGAAGAAACGCUCCAAAUCUCCUGACACAGACAGUUCUUCGAGCUCCGAGGGGCAUGACAGCGACACCGCGAGCUCAGAAGAAGACAGACAAAAAAAGAAAAAAAAGAAAAAGUUGAGUAGCAGACGUCGCGGCAGCAGCGAAGCUUCAAGUCGUGAGAGUUCCCCAGCGAAAUAUAAAAAGGAUAAAGAAAAGCCGAGGGAACGUACGAUUGAAGAUAGGACAAACGAUAUUAAACACAGAAAAUCAGACAGAGAUCGUGAGGAUCGUAACAGGAAAUACGACAAACGAGAGGAACUUCCCUCCAGGGAAUCGCGACUAAUUGACAGAAGACGUGAUCGUAGCUCUUCUAAAGAUGACAGAGAUUCCUCGCCUGAGUACAAGCAGCGAUCGUACAUCACUAAAAUAGAAAAUAAGAAAAAAGAACCUAAAGAACCUUCUGAAGAUGGUGAAAGGCGCAGAGGGUCCAAGUAUUCAAAACGAGAUCGUCAAAGAUCUUCCCCUGAAUCAGAAUCGGAACCUUCUAAAAAAGGAGAAAAGAAGUAUAACAAAAACUAUAGAGAUUCCAGUGCAUCACCUCCGCCAGAGAAAAGACGGCGUAAGAGUUCCUCCGCAGAAUAUAGAAAGCGAGAUGAUAGUUAUUACAGCAGAACCGAAAGAAAUGCUAUAGAUAGUAGUAGCAGAGUUCACAGAGAUGAUAAAGAUGAAAGAAGAGCUCCUAGAAGAAGUGAAUCUCCAGAUUAUCGUAAAAGAGAAUCGAACAGCAGAAAAGAGGAAGAUAGAAAGUAUGAAAAAAGUAGUAAGAACAAUCAUGAACGUUAUGAAGAGGCGCACACCAAGAGAAGGGAAAGUAGCAGUGACAAAUUACGAAAGAGGAAGGAUAGAAGUGUGUCAAAGGAAAAGCGAGAUACAUCACCAGAAUACAAGGAUCGAUCUCCAAUUAGCAAACGUAUUAAGAACAGACAAGAUUCCAGAAAAGAUGGAGAAAAAAAAAGUUCUAGAUCAGAAAGGAAAUAUUCGUCUUCUGAAUCUGAGUCAGAAUCACAAACUAAACAAAAGUCACGAGAUAGUAAGAAUACUAAAGAUAAAUCUCGUUAUUAUAAGGAAAAGAGCCCUUCACCAAGGGAGCAGUGGAAGCGAAGUCUCACACCCAGGGAUCAAAGGAAGCGGAGUCCCACACCCAGGGAUCAGAGGAAGCGAAGUCCCACACCCAGGGAUCAGAGAAAGAGUAGUCACACACCCAGAGAUCAGAGGAAGCGGAGUCUCACACCCAGGGAUCAAAGAAAGCGAAGUCCCACGCCCAGGGAUCGGAGGAAACGUAGUCCUUCAUCCAGGGAUCAGAGGAAACGUAGCCCUUCAUCCAGAGAUCAAAGGAAACGUAGCUCUUCAACAAGAGAUCAAAGGAAACGUAGUCCUUCACCCAGAGACCAAAGGAAACGUAGUCCUUCACCCAGAGAUCAAAGGAAACGUAGCGUAUCACCUGAGCAUCGAAGAAAAGAAUCGCCCUCCAAAAUCAAAGCAGAAAAAUACAAAUCUCGACAGAAGUCUGUAGAGAAACAAGAAAAUAGUAGACCAAGCAGAAAAUCGCCCUUGAUAGAAGAAAGGUCAAGACGUAGAAAUUCUCCAAGCAGAUCUAAAUCACCCACACCACGUAAAAAUCUAAAAAAGGAUAAGCGAAAGAGUCAAACACCAAGUAAGAAAAUCAAGAAAUCUUCAGAAAGGCGUAUUUCCUCUCCAAAAGACGACCACAGAGAUAGGCAAAUCAAAGAGAGAAACGGUCGAAAAGACUCACACAGAGACAGGUCGAAUUCUCGGUCACCUCACAAAAGCAGAAGUACCUCUAGUCUUAGCUAUUCACCUGCACGUCGUAGCCCAGAACGUUACCGUGAUAUAAUAGAGAAACUCCCAGAAAAAGAUAAACGCAAAUACAUAAAAUCGCCAUCUGAUCUGCAUCCUAAGAAGAAAAAGAAUAAAGACUUAGCAGAAAAUUAUAAACCCAUGGCUGUUUGCAUGCGUAGUUCAUCUAGCGAAAAUGAAGAAAUAGAAGAUGAUUUUCUGCGGUUAGACGACAGAGACCGGCAAGAUGAAUUAGACAACAAAGAAUUAAAUAGACUGAAGGAAAGACUGGCUCAACUCGCUAAAGCAUCCAUGGAGCGGCGAAGAAAUGAGGAAACUAAUGGACCUUCAACAUCGCAAGCUGGACGCAGUGACUCUCAAUCAAGGGACGAAGAAAGGAUUACAAGGCCAAGCUCAAGUCCAGAGUUAGAGACCGAAAGAAUAAAGUCUCCGGAAGUAGAAAAAGAAACAAAAAAGAGUGAAGAGGAGCAGUCAGUUCAGAAGAAAGAGAAGAGUCCGCUACCUGAAAUUUCUUCAGAUUUAAAGAAACGUGAAAGAAAUCUCGCUCUUAUUCGUCUUCAAGGCGGUCCCGCUCCAGUCGGUCAAGCUCGUACAGCAGCAGGAGUUCGUCGCGCUCGUCACGCAGCUCUUCGCGAUCCACGCGCUCCUCUAGAAAAAAGUCCCGAAAGUAUAGCACGAGUUCUGAAGACACGAGUAGUAGCUCCGAUUAGUGAAGUGAUUGUGCUAGAGUGGUUUAGUUUAAUGCUCGAAAACGCCCGAUCCCUUACCGGAGGCCUUCGCCUUCGACACCAUCCACCGGCUACAGCAGCAGGUCUACACAACGAAGCUGGUCCCAAUCGCCGCGGGAGGAAAGAGAAUAACCACGUUCACACAAAGCUUUUUGUUACCAAUUCACGCGAUUCAGAGCGAGAAACAUAA